AACCAGCUGUUGAUCGCGGAUUCAUGUAGCAGAGUCCAGGACACCCACCUGCAUGGUUCCACAUUUGUCACAUGUGCAUAAUGCUAGGAGAGUACACCUUCUGCAUGCUCUCAGUACUCCGAGUGCUUCUUCAUUGUGCAGCAGCUGAAUGUCCUAUAGAAUCGGAGCUGACAUUACAAGCUAAUGAGAAGAGACAGGUAUUAACUGUUCAUUCAUUCCACCAGCCAUCACAAAAUACCACCAGACACAUUCAUUGCACAUGGCAUAUAUAUUCUCCCGAAAUCCAUUCAUCACUGAUGCUCCAAAUACUGGACUUGGCCAUAGAAGACGACACUGACAAUUUCCUGCAAAUAAGAGAAUGUUACGCAGACAGUUGUCCAGACACUUGCGGGGAAGAGUUCGAUCCCGAGGAAGAAAAUGAAGAUUGUCAUCAAUGGUGCGAGGAAUCCGGGCCAGAAAAUGAAUUCAAAACGUCUGACUGUGCGCAUGUCGAAUUGUCAUUAACGGAUAGCCAAUCAGGAAGAGGGUUACUACUAGCAUUCUGGAGCACAACCAAUGAUGUGACAGUUGUUGGCCAGGUAACGUUCACGCUGGCUAAUUACCUGCUGUUCGGGAUGACAGCCUUGUCUGUACUGGUCAUGCUCAUAGCCAUUCUCCUUAUCCUUAAUCACCGGAAAUGGCAUCUGACGAUGUGUCCACGAUCCAGAAACACUAACAAAAUCAUAAUGGUGGCUCCCGCAUCUUCAGUCAUGGAGUGUUGAUUAGGCGAUGCUCAAGUGUUUGGCUGAAGAGGAGGUUGUUGUGCAGAUGUGACAAUAUAAUGGUGACAAAGACUAUACUGUCAUCACUGUCGAUGUAUGGAGUACGUCAGCGAUCGAGAUUGGUAUAUGAUAUCUACAGACUAGGGCUGAACAGUGAUUUAUCGUUUAUCUCUUUAAUAACUGAUUGGCCGUCACGGUAAACCUACUUGUAAAUCCAAGGGCUAUAAUAAUCAAAACUUUAGGCUG